AUGAAUAACACCUGUGACAAUGUUUAUAUCGGAAGCUUCCACGUAACACAAGCUUAUGCUCACUACAACCGUGUAACACAAGCUAACAACCCUGUAACACAAGCUAACAACCCUGUAACACAAGCUAACAACCCUGUAACACAAGCUAACAACCCUGUAACACAAGCUAACAUCUCUGUAACACAAGCUAACAUCUCUGUAACACAAACUAACAACCCUGUAACACAAGCUAACAUCUCUGUAACACAAGCUAACAACAGUGUAACACAAGCUAACAACAGUGUAACACAAGCUAACAUCUCUGUAACACAAGCUAACAACCCUGUAACACAAGCUAACAUCUCUGUAACACAAGCUAACAACCCUGUAACACAACCUAACAACCCUGUAACACAAGCUAACAACCCUGUAACACAAGCUAACAACCCUGUAACACAAGCUAACAUCUCUGUAACACAAGCUAACAACCCUGUAACACAAGCUAACAUCUCUGUAACACAAGCUAACAUCUCUGUAACACAAGCUAACAACCCUGUAACACAAGUUAACAUCUCUGUAACACAAGCUAACAACCCUGUAACACAAGCUAACAACCCUGUAACACAAGCUAACAUCUCUGUAACACAAGCUAACAACCCUGUAACACAAGCUAACAACCCUGUAACACAAGCUAACAUCUCUGUAACACAAGCUAACAUCUCUGUAACACAAGCUAACAUCUCUGUAACACAAGCUAACAUCUCUGUAACACAAGCUAACAACCCUGUAACACAAGCUAACAACCCUGUAACACAAGCUAACAACCCUGUAACACAAGCUAACAACCCUGUAACACAAGCUAACAUCUCUGUAACACAAGCUAACAUCUCUGUAACACAAGCUAACAUCUCUGUAACACAAGCUAACAACCCUGUAACACAAGCUAACAACCCUGUAACACAAGCUAACAACCCUGUAACACAAGCUAACAUCUCUGUAACAUAA